AUGGAAUUCCUCAUUUACCCAGCAGUGACGAUAACACUGUGGAUGCUUUCCUUCUCUUGGUUGCUUCCACUUGUCAUAUUUCUCAAAUUCAGCAAGACAUAUCGGGACAAAUGGUUCUCUUGGGUCUUCUGUAAAGUCGCUGGACCUUUGUGUGCUCCUGUAUUGGGAAGAAUGAGAACGCGUGCGUUCGAUAUUCUAAAAGAACACUUGGCAAAUAGAAAGAGAGGUAGCCCUUUGGAAAUUUUGGAGAUUGGCAUUGGAGGGGUAAGCAAUUUGCAGUACUAUCCAGAGAAUUCUAAUCUGACUGUUCUGGACAUGAAUGAGUCAUUCAUCAAGUAUUUUGAGGAGAACCGCAAGAAAUAUCCGCAAGUUACUUACAAGAAAACAGUAAUUGCCAUGGCAGAGGAUAUGCGAGAAAUUGAUGAUAAUUCCUUCGAUGUCGUGGUAUGCACCUAUGUUCUUUGCUCAGUGAAAAGUGUUCGAUCUGUACUGAAAGAAGUUAAACGCGUGCUGAAACCUUAUGGAGGUGUUUGCUUAAUGGUUUGGGGCAUCAUCCCGUGGUUUGGUGUAGGUCCACUUGCCACCCUGCAUGGACAGGUCACUAGCAAUGACUAUGUCCCUCUUUUGGCAGACCAACUGCAUUCUGCGGCGCAAACAUUGAUUUCGUCAGAAGACUGCACAUAUCAUGAUGAUAAUUCCCCGAUUCACAGUAGUUGA